GAUUGGAGGAGAUCACACCAAAGCCUGUUCAAGACACGGGGAACAUUUUGAAGCAAGGAUAUCUGGAGAAGAGGUCCCGAGAGCACAGCUUUUUUGGGUCAGAGUGGCAGAAGCGGUGGUGUGUCCUCAACAGAAAAACCUUUUACUACUAUGCCAAUGAGAAAAGUAAGCAACCUAAAGGCAACUUCUCCAUUGAGGACUAUAGUGCCCGGAUGGCUUUUCAUCUGCGCAAAGACUCUCGAAAAAGAUGCUGUUUCGAGUUAAUCUGCCCUGGCAAACGCACCUACGAGUUCACAGCCCCAAGCCCAGCAGAGGCUGAAGACUGGGUGGAUCAGAUCCAGUUCCUCCUGAAGGACAUGAGCUCCCUCACUAUCCCAUAUGAUGAGGAGGGUGAAGAAGAUCUCUACAAUGACGUGGACAGUUCUGACUCUGUGAACACAUCAUCCCACAAUACUACCCUGAAUCAGGAUGACCCAAACAUUGAGAUGGAAGAGGAUGACAUCUACGAGGUUUUGCCAGGUAAGCAACCAAAUAAGCAG